CAAUCCAAUCAACUGUCAAACAAUCCAUGGAAGCAGCUGCAAAACGUAUCCUGACACCAAAGACGUCAAUCGAUUUGUUGCGAGAUAUUUCACAGGCACAAGCAGAAUCACGUCCAUAUACUAUGUGCUUCAUAGGGGUUAAUGGAGUGGGAAAGUCUACGAAUUUAUCAAAAACAUGUUUUUGGUUGCUGCAAAAUGGUCUAAAAGUUCUCAUCGCGGCGUGUGAUACUUUUAGAUCAGGUGCUGUGGAACAAUUAAGGGUGCACGUUCGAAAUUUGAACGCAUUGGGACAAAAUUCCACUGUUGAGUUAUACGAACGUGGUUACGGAAAGGACGCGGCUGGUAUCGCAAAGGACGCGAUUAACUAUGGUAAAGUAAAUAAGUUCGACGUUGUACUGAUCGACACAGCCGGUCGCAUGCAAGAUAAUGAACCACUUAUGCGAGCGUUGGCAAAAUUGGUGUCAGUAAAUAACCCAGACAAGAUAAUAUUCGUCGGUGAAGCUUUAGUUGGCAAUGAAGCGGUAGAUCAACUCACGAAGUUUAAUCAGGCUUUGAAGGAUUUUUCGGGAUUGCAGAAUCCAAGACAUAUAGAUGGAAUUAUACUGACAAAAUUUGAUACUAUUGAUGAUAAGGUUGGAGCCGCUUUGUCUAUGGCCUACACGACAGGGCAACCUAUAUUAUUUGUGGGAACCGGGCAGACCUACACAGAUCUAAAGAAUAUGAAAGUCAGUCAUGUUGUACAGGCACUCCUCAAGGAAUGA